AUGGAAUACCAUUCGUGGAUUUAUACCAAAGAACAACAGGUGAGAACAAUACCGUUCUGGCUUUUCGAGUUGCGGCGUUACAACACUGUUCCUCGCCAGUACAACAGAAAACAAUUAUCAGAUCAUUUGUUACAAAAACUAAAGGCAAAACAUCCAGGCAUAGAAUUACUAAGCCAUGAUCGUCUGCAAUGCACACUUCAGAUCCUGCAUAAGUUUGACAUCACAACUGAGGAUAUUUGCAGUUACAUUAACAAUGUCCAUGUAUUUACCAUGAACCCUAUUACUAUGGAUAAUUAUGGAGAGAUAUUAAAGGAGUGUGGGUUUAUUACAAUUCACCCUGGACAUAUUAUAAAGUAUCACACACUAGUGAGAAAUCGGACUAUAGCGAGGAUAAAGAAAGAGGGACUUGUAAGAGAAGACUCUAAUUUAGAAGAACUAAUAUUCAGCCAUUUCAAAGAUUGGCCAUCUUGUCACAAAAGAUUAGAGUAUUUCCCAGAUCUCACCACUUGUAUAUUGACCAUUCGCAUGAGUGUCCUACAAAAAUACCUGACAUGGAGACUGUCAGUGACCCCCGAAGAUUUCAACAAAUACUGCCGAAAUUAUUUGCCUCUAAAACACAAACCAAUGUCUGACAUACAGGAAUCAUUGGACAUAGCGUUGAAUGAUAUAAAAUUUGACGUAAGCAGUAUAAAAAGAAACGGAUUCAUUAUUUCUUCGGAUCCAGUGAACACUAAACUUAUUGUAGAAAAUGUUCACACGGUCGCCGGUUAUGAUAUCAGAGAAGCUAUUAAGAUUGAACCGGCUAUUUUGAAGAACAAUUACAAUGCUCUAUUGCAGAUUAGAGAUAUUUUAGAGGAAUACAGAAUACCGUUAGAAGCGCAAAGGAGAUGUUUGAAAGUGUACUGCAUGCGUCCCGACACUGUAAAAGAUCGGCUCGACGAACUUAGGAAUUUAAAGGAAUAUCAAAUUUUAAAAACAAAUCCUAGAGUUCUCUCAAUGGUGGUUCAUAAAAGGAAAAUGAUGAAUAGAUUGGAAAAAAUGCAGGCAGCUAAGAAGCAAUGCUAUAGUCUUAAUCAUCUUGUUUCCUCCAGUAAAGUAUUCAACAAUUACAUAAGUAAUUUCGGCAACAAAGUAUGCGGCAGGGACCUUGCCAUAUUAAUUACAUCGUCUCUUGUGGUAAACAAGAAUCUAGCCGAACAUGAGCUCGUGAAACAAGUGCACGCGCACUUAAAAAGGCACAAAUUUUGGCUGCACUGCGCGUUAAAUGUCAUUGAUGAAAAUAUACAGUAUCUCAAGAACAGUUUUAAUGAUGAUGUUAUAUUGGACAAUUGCUUACUCCUUUUGUAUCCUCUCGCGGAAGUAGAGCAAUAUAUCAACAUAUUCCAGCAAAAGCGAGCUGGCAGAGAAACAGGAAAUAGCGAUACCAAACUAGACUCCAAUUAUAACAACCUGGUACUGGCACAACUCAGUGAUUCACAAAUCUUAAGUUUAGUUCUGUAUGAAAUUGAGAAGAAGUACCACUUCAGUGGAGACGGUAUAUGGGCGCGACAAGAUGGCGUCAGAGUCGACUCUAUAAAUGUCUGAUGUCGUCACUAAAUCAAUUUAAGGAAUCCUAGCG